UUUCCAGGAAAACAUUUUCCUUCAUACCAAACACACCCUAAAUUGAAAAUCAAUCAAAGUUCAUUUUCUUUGAAAAUGGCGAUCUUCAUGCUCUGAAAGCGGAAAUCUUCAACACCAAGAACCGAACUUUUCAGGCGGCACAAGCAGAGGAGUCUCGAUGGAGUUAGCUGACAGAGCUGUUGGGCUCAUUUUAACAUUGACUAGUUUGUCCAUUUUUACAUACUAUACCUUCUGGGUUAUCAUUCUGCCUCUUGUUGAUAGCGAUCAUUUCGUGCACAAGUAUUUUCUACCACAAGAAUACGCUAUUCUCAUUCCUGUGUAUGCUGCAGUGGCGCUCAUCUUCUUAUUGUGCGUGUUUAUUGGAUACGUCAUGCUCAAGUCCAAGAAGAAAAAGGCAUGAUGUGGCUGCGGCAAGUCCACUGUUUGCUCUAUCGAGUUCAUGAUAAUUGAUCAUCUUUUUGUAACAUCUUUUUAGUGCUUCUCAUUUUGAAUAGCCCAUGUCGGAGACCACAUAGUUUUUUCUGGAGUUCACUACAAUUUGGAACCUCUUGAUAUGAUUAUGUAGUUGUCACUACUCACUACACACAGGUAUUAAACAAAACAUGGUUGAUUUAUUCUCUUGUUAUUAGCUGGAGGAGUGUAAAAAACUUUGAUCAAUGACAGUUAUACGAAACAAGUCUUUUGGUUUCAACCACCACCAUUGUAUCAUCAAUUACUACUUUGAACGCCACAAGCGAAAAUAUACAACAAAAUAAGGUGGGUCUAGGGAAGGUAGGAUGUAUGCGCCACCACCUGCUUCUCUGUCAAGAAUGUGGUGAAAGUUCUUUGCCUUUGUUGUAGCUUUGCUUUUCACUUAAGAAUGUGGGUGAAAGUCCUUUCCCUUUGUUGUGGCCAAAGAUUUGGCCUAUGUUGCUC